AGGCCGGCGCCUUAUAGCUGCAGCCUGGGCGGUUCCGCUCGCUGUUUUUUCGCUUCUCUGGAUUGUGUUCCUUUCGAGGUCCGCGAAGAUGCAGCUCAAACCAAUGGAGAUUAACCCCGAGAUGCUGAACAAAGUGCUGACCCGGCUGGGGGUCGCCGGCCAGUGGCGCUUCGAGGAUGUACUGGGACUGGAGGAGGAGUCUCUGGGCUCGGUGCCAGCGCCGGCCUGCGCGCUGCUGCUGCUCUUUCCGCUCACGGCGCAGCAUGAGAACUUCAGGAAAAAACAAAUUGAAGAGCUGAAGGGACAAGAAGUCAGUCCCAAGGUGUACUUCAUGAAGCAGACCAUUGGCAACUCCUGUGGAACCAUCGGACUCAUUCAUGCAGUGGCCAAUAAUCAGGACAAACUGGAGUUCGAGGAUGGGUCCGUUCUGAAACAGUUUCUUUCUGAAACAGAGAAGUUGUCCCCUGAAGACAGAGCAAAGUGCUUUGAAAAGAAUGAGGCCAUUCAGGCAGCCCACGAUGCUGUGGCACAGGAAGGCCAAUGUCGGGUAGAUGACAAAGUGAACUUCCAUUUUAUUCUGUUUAACAACGUGGAUGGCCACCUCUAUGAACUUGAUGGACGGAUGCCUUUUCCGGUGAACCAUGGCACCAGCUCAGAGGACUCGCUGCUGCAGGAUGCUGCCAAGGUCUGCAGAGAAUUCACUGAGCGUGAGCAGGGGGAGGUUCGCUUCUCCGCUGUGGCCCUCUGCAAGGCAGCCUAAUGCCCCAUGGGGCACUUUGCUUCUCCCCCUCUUUCCUUCAUUGUGAAAGUAUAUCCACCCCCCACCCCCAUGCUGGUAUAAAAUGCUUCAGUACUUGUAGAGCACAGCUGUUCUGCUUCGGUUCUGCAGAUAAGCACUUACCCUCAACCACGCCCCCACACUGGCAGAGCUCAGCUGUUGAUGGAGCAAGUUCGGCAUCAGCCUGUGAUGGUGAAGCAUUCCCCGCGUUGUGUCUUGUACCUCAAUAUCUAAUGCUUUAACGGCUACUUUGGUUUGUGUCUGUAAGUUAAGGCCUUGGAUGUGGUUUGUCCUUGAAUAAAAUUUUUCUGCUGAUAAGAGAUAAGCC